CUCCAUCCUGGAUACCCAUCCAUCCAUCCAUUCUACUCUUCUACAUACUCUCCCAACCUCCCCAUCACAUCGCAUCACAUCGUCAUCUACAAUCACCACAUCGCACUGCACUCCACUACACUACUACCUAGGUACUUACCUACACCACAUCACGUCACAAUCGCAAUACACACGGCACCCAACGAGCGCAGUGAUUACAACCGCCACCACAACCACCACCAACAUGCUGUUGCAUCUGCUCCCCAUCUCCACGCUGCUCCUCAUCCCGCGCAUCCUCGCCACACCACUCCCUCUCCUCAUAUGGCACGGCCUAGGCGAUAACUACCAAGCCGACGGCCUCCAAUCCGUGGGCGACCUCGCCAACGAAACCAACCCAGGAACCUUCCUCUACUACAUCCGCCUCGACGAGAACCCCGACACAGACCGCACCGCAACCUUCCUGGGCAACCUCACCGAGCAAGUCGCCCAAGUCUGCGCCGACCUCGCCACCCACCCCAUCCUCUCCACCGCGCCCGCCGUCAACGCCCUCGGCUUCUCCCAAGGCGGCCAGUUCCUCCGCGCCUACGUCGAGCGCUGCAACAACCCGCCCGUCCGCAACCUCGUCACCUUCGGCAGCCAGCACAACGGCAUCACCAAGUACCAAAUCUGCGGCGCAACUGACUGGCUGUGCAAAGCCUACAUCGGCAUCCUCAAGGCAAACACAUGGGGCGCGUGGGUGCAAUCGCACCUGGUCCCCUCGCAGUACUUCCGCUCCGUCGACGAGGCCACGGGCGCCGCGUCCCCCGAAUACCUCGACAACUCAAACUUCCUCGCAGACAUCAACAACGAGCGCGCCCGCAAGAACAAAACCUACGCCCGCAACCUCGCCUCCCUGCACAAAUUCGCCAUGUAUGUCUUCGACGACGACACCACCGUCAUCCCAAAGGAAAGCGGCUGGUUCGCCCAGACAAACGAGACGAGCGGCGAGGUCACGCCGUUGCGGAAUCGCACUAUUUAUAAGGAGGAUUGGAUCGGGUUGAAGGCGUUGGAUCGGAAAGGCGGGCUCGAGUUUCGCUCCACAAAGGGCGGCCAUAUGCAGUUUGACGACGACGACGUCCUGGUCGACGCUUUCCGGACGUACUUUGCGCCCGUUGACGUCGGCGGGUCGCGGUCCGAGGUAGACACGGCCAAGGCGCAGGCGCAGGCCGGCCGUGAACGGCUGGAGAAUAUGGAACUGUGA